AGGCAGGAGAUAUGCAGAUAAGCCAGGUGCUAAGCUUGUGUAGUGGCAACAGAUGAAAAUUCCACGAUAAGCUUGUCCGUCUUACUAAAGUCCUGCUUCAGCUGUUUGAUGUUAUUCUAUUACAGUUAGUAUGCCAGCAGACAAGAUCACAUACACCUAUUAACUUAACAUCACCAUGAAGCUGCUGACUGUGUCUGCAAUUCUUUGUGCAAUGAUCUCUUUGAGCACGGCUGCUGGAGAGUGGCAUGUUAUCAAGAGAGUCCCAUCUUGCCCUUGUGGUUGGACUGAGUACUACGACCAGUGUUUCUUUUAUGUUUCCCAAGCCAUGACAUGGGCUGAGGCUCAGAGAAACUGUGAGUCCAUGAAUGCAAACCUUGCAUCUGUGCACAGCCUUGAGGAGUACCAAGUGAUUCAGAGGGUCAUAUCUGAAGCCAGUCAAGCAAGUGAACGGACAUGGAUUGGAGGCUCUGAUGGUCAACAGGAGGGCUAUUGGUUUUGGAUCGAUGGGACACGUUUCACUUACACAAACUGGUGUUCUGGAGAGCCUACCAGUAUGGAGAGAUGCAUAGAGAUGAAUUUUUCAGGAAACAAGUGUUGGAAUAAUCAGGGCUGUCUCGACCGAUUUCCAUCUGUCUGCAUUAAGAGAAUCUGAUGAUGCUGGAGUUGACAUGAAGGUCACCUGAGAAAUAAGAAGAUAAUUGUCAGGUUUAUAUUGUUGAUUGUCAUUUAUGCUUAGAAAUAUUUAACCAUAUAUGCU